GUACGUAUCUCCCCUGUUGCUGCGACACGUACAGAUGAGGUCGUCCACGACGCGUUCACGACCAUGUGACCAAACAUCCAAGUCAUGUGUUUCGAGAUCUCUUUGUCCCUGCUUGCCAACACUCUCACCGCACCAAAAAUGUCGAAGCGACCCGCCUCACCCACCUCGGCGCCAGGCGCGCUCAUCAAGCGCUCCCGCGCGUCUCCAGUGCCCGAAAACCAAAUUGCCAUCUCGACUGGCCCGGAUGGGAAGGGCAAGAGCUUGAUGCGUGCGGUGCAGCGGACGAGUAACCUCGAGGCUCCCAUCGUGAGCUUGGCGGGAGCGCAUUCGGGUGAGAUACUCAGUUGUCGGUUUGACCCGACGGGGCAGAACAUCGCGGCGUGCUCGACAGAUCGGAGUGUCUCCCUUUGGCGCACCUAUCCACCGAACAACAACUACGGUCUGCUCACCGCGCUUGCCAAAGCUCCCAUCACGGACCUGCAGUGGUCCCUCACGUCACCCGCCAUCUACACGGUGUCCGCAGACCACACACUCGUCGCGACAGACGUAACGACGGGCCAGCGCCUGCGAAAGAUCCGCGCGCACAAGGAGAUCGUGAACAGCGUCGACCGCGUCGUCGCGGGGUCCGGCGCCGAGCUCGUCGUCACCGGCUCGGAUGACGGUGUGGUGCGCGUGUGGGACGCGGACGCGGAGGGUGCGGGUGGGCGCACACCGGUCGUCGAGUUCGAGGUCGGGUGCCCGGUCACAGCGGUGUGCUGGAGCCCAGACGGCGCGAGUGUGUAUGCGGCAGCUCUGGACAACGAGAUCCAUAUCUACGACGUCCGAAAAGGCGCGCAGUUGUCCACCCUGUCGGGCCACACCGACACGCCCACAUCGCUAUCGAUAUCCCCGAACGGGAACUUCCUCCUCUCGCCCUCGCUCUCGAGCCAGACCAUCAUCCAUGAUAUCCGCCCAUUCGCGCCCUCGCCCACCCGCGUGCACCGUGUGCUGACGGGUGCCCCUGCCGGUUUCGAGAACACGCUGCUGAAGGGCGCGUGGAGCAAGCACGAGGCAGGGAACAAGGGCCUGCAGGUCGCUGUGGGGGGCGCAGACCGGAUGGUGUGCGUUUGGGAGGUCGAGAGUGGGCGCGUGUUGUACAAGCUGCCAGGGCAUAAGGGCACGGUUGUUGGUGUCGAUUGGCACCCUCUGGAACCGAUCUUGUUGACAGGCAGCAAGGACGGGACGAUGCUGCUUGGGGAGCUGGAGCCUGGAGUUGGGGUUUGACACGUGUAUGUACAGAUGUUGUUCUCUGCUAUCGACUGCUGCCCUUGAGUGCAUGUGCAAAACUUGUGCUGAAGGAUCCCAGCAUUCCUUCAAAGGAGGAUCAUUGUCAGUGAAGGGCGUCUCUCGUAUUCUUACUGGUAAAUCACUUUCUGGAUGCUGGCGUAAAUGACUGAACUGCACAACGGUGCACCAACAAGCUGAAUCGGCGGGCAGAUACGCG